GCCGUUCUCGUAAAAGCGGUAACGAGAGGAUUUACCGGUUGAACACCUGACCUUCGGCAUCAACAUGAGGUUUUUCAACCCAAUUCUCCUACUUCUACUGCUGCUGUCGGUGCUGCUGUUGGCGAGCGCGCACAAACCUGAUUUCCUGAGUAUCCGUAGAAAAUAUCGGCGACAUUGUCCGCACAAACGCUGCCUACCGCUGCAUUCACGUGUUCCAUUCCCCUAAGGAGACACUUAUGAAAAAGGGGACAAUCAGUGGAAAAGACGAACUACAGGACAAUGGAAUUCCCAUCCACCGAGACAAACCCGCCUUCUGUAACCCAGUGCUGAGAGGAGACGGGCCAAGAAUCUUGACUGUGGUGUUUCAGUCUUCCCAGGCGACGUGGUUUCUACUGAUAAUGAUACAACGUUCCCCUUUCACCACAUCUGCUCUCCAAUAUAUAUAUAUGCAGUGGACUUGAGUUGUCACUACUCAUAGCUUUGUAAAUAGUUUAAACAUGAGAAUGACAUUUUGUAAAGUAUUCCUUGAAAUGUGUUUAUUUGUAAGUUAUGCACUUCAAAUGUUUUUAUUAUUUGAAUAUUAA